UGUAAACAGGGGAGUACUUUUAAGGGCACUAGUCAACGAUAUAUUUCUAUAAGUCAAGAUCUACGGACUCUUCGACUCCUCUUCUUACUUUUUUCUUCCGUCUGGACUCCGAUUCUACAUUCUUUCUACAGAUCUUCACUCUUCAGCUUCUGCUACUGUUACUGCAAUAGCUAUAGGUAGAAGAAGCGGGAGAGAAGAAAGAGAUGGGUAGCGGAGGAGGAUAUGGGGAUGCGGCGGGGCAGAAGAUAGAUUACGUGUUCAAGGUGGUGUUGAUCGGAGACUCGGCGGUUGGCAAGUCUCAGAUGCUAGCGCGAUUCGCCCGGAACGAGUUCAGCCUCGACUCCAAGGCCACCAUUGGUGUUGAGUUCCAAACUCGGACUAUGGUCAUCGAGCACAAGUCCGUCAAGGCUCAGAUCUGGGACACCGCCGGCCAAGAGCGAUAUAGAGCUGUGACGAGUGCCUACUACCGGGGAGCAGUGGGUGCUAUGUUGGUUUAUGACAUAACAAAGCGGGAAACCUUUGACCACAUACCGCGUUGGUUGGAAGAGUUGCGUAAUCAUGCCGACAAGAACAUAGUGAUCAUUCUUAUUGGAAACAAAAUCGAUCUUGAGCAGCAGCGUGCUGUCCCAACCGAGGAUGCUAAGGAAUUUGCACAGAAGGAAAGUCUGUUUUUCUUGGAGACGUCUGCAAUGGAAGCAACAAACGUGGAGGAUGCAUUCAUGAAGUUGCUGACAGAGAUAUUUAAUAUUGUGAACAGGAAUAAUCUUGUUGCCCCUCCUGAGAAUCAAGGUAAUGGGAAUCAAGGAUCUUUAAGUGGAAAGAAGAUUGUUUUGCCUGGGCCUGCACAAGUCAUCCCAGAAAAGAAAUCAAUGUGUUGUACUUCCUCCUGAGGUGAUGGGGUCUUGUACGUUUCUCCCUUUUUUGGCUAAGGCAGAGUCUUCGAGCCUAUGAGAUUGAUUCUGAUGACAGCCAGUUCUAGUCACUAGUAUCUGCUGUAUUUUGAUUGUAUAUCUUAAAAUUCAAUAUUUGUUUUUUAUUAUAUUAUUAUUACAAACUGUUUUACUAAAGAAAUUGUGAUGUCCUAGACUGGAUAUUACACGGUGACCACAUGUCUUUUCUUGCAAGACUGUUAUUAUUUCCUUGACUUAUGUCUUUCUAUGUUGCAUAUCUGCUUCCUUCAUUUCUUGACAGAAAUUAUUA